AUGCACCUUCACCAUUCCCGCCACAAUAGCGGCGCCAGCAUCGCCAAACACGCAAAGAGCACUUGCAGCACGUCAAUCACCUCCAGAAACACCUCUACCACAAGCUCCACCGCCUACGAUGAAACCAGCUCAUUGUUGCCUCACGAGCAGUCCCCUUUACUUCCUCCUCUGGCCACACACCCACAGCUACGAUAUGCUUCUCAAGCAUCUUCUACAGCAACAGCAUCUCUACACCACAUUCUCACACUGCAUCCCCGCCAAAUCGCAUACUUGGAGCAAGCACGUGCAGAAGAAGAUGCUGCCGCUGCUGCAGAACAAGAAGAGGAAGACACAGAGCAAGGCAUGAAUAGACAUGUUCUCAGCCGCAUCGACUGCAUAGAAAUCGAUCUCUGGCACGAACGUAUCCGCGACUACGAAGCCGCUGAACUAGGGCUAGUUUCCGCCGCCGAGUUGGGGUUAAUUCGUGAAGAGCAAGAGCAGAGAGAUAUGAGGGUUGAAGUGGAAGAAGGGGAUGGAGAAAGAUUGAGUAGGGUACACACCUACGUCAACGAUUUUGCAGACGUAGAAGCAGGGCAACCAUCAAGAAAAAGAAAAACUCAGCAGUAUCGCUGGCAACAGGUUUGGAUCUGUGAGUUUGUCGUUAAAUCACUUUCAUCGCUAUUUCUGGGUUGA